AUGUUUUCUCAAGACGAGGAUCAUGAAAACCAGUGCAGCAUUGAUGCUGAAACUUACCUUGAUGGAGAGAACAAAGACAUGUUUUCUUCCAGCAGUAGCGACUUCGAGGAGGACCCUGGUGCUUACCGCAACGACCAGGACGCAAGCGGCACAGCUGUGAACCUUCAAGGCACUGGCCAUGAUAUUGCUCGACAUCUUCUGCCGUCGCGUCCUGGGCCAGGGCAUACGGUUUACUCUGAUUGGAAGACGGAGGAGUACGAUCCGAAGCUUUACAGGCUGAACAUCAUUGAUUACUUUCACGAUGUCGAGGGGCGAUCUCGGCCAUACGUGGAGGAUCAGGAGUACGAGGGUUCAAACAUUCGCGCUCAAGAUUAUUGGAACCUGAAGCGGAUAGCUAGACAGAUCAAAAAAGGAUUUCAGUCCACCGACAGCAAUUUUUGUAGAUACUACCAGAAAGAAAAUCUCGCAAAGAUAGAGCAACUUGUCCCCUCUCGACAGGUUAAGUUCGAGGCUGGAGCGAGGAUACGAAGAUCUCUGAGCUUGUACGCCUGGAGGUAUCGACGUCGCAAGGCAGCGAUCAAGAUACAGGCGACGUACCGCAUGCACCUCGUCAAGUUUGUGGUGCAGAAGGAGAGGGCGGAGCGGAGGCAGAGGAACAUGGAGCUCAACGCAAGAGAGGAGCUGGCAAGAGAGAGGGAGGAAAAGAAGACGGCUGCCUCUCGCCGCAAGACGAGGGGAACGGCGAGCAGAGGAAAGACGGUUGAGAUGAAGGAAAGGAAGGAAACAGCGACGAGUGAUAGCGCAGGGUCGAUAGAGAGCAGAGCGAUCACAAACAAAGGAGUCACGUUUGAAACCAUGGACAUGGAAGACAAGGAUGAGCUGAAACAUGAAGAUGCAGAGGGCAUGAAGACUGAGAUGUUAUCUUUUGUGAGUUUUCUGACCAACACAGGUUCAAACUUGGAAGCAGAGAUUCUUGUUCUGCAAUACGAGGACGAGAGCGAGGAGGAGGGGACUGAGCAAUCGGAGACGUCCUCGUCUUCGUCGACAGAUUCGGAAGAUGACGAGUAUAAGGAGGAGCUGAAGAGGAUCAAGACUCUGUUGAAGCAGAACGGCAUGUCGCGCGUCGAUAUCUCUCCUCUCCUCGCGCUGGUCCGAAGGUCCAAGGAAGAAGACGCAAAGUUCAGCGCCAUCGAGCAGAGCAAGCUGGAGAUGGUCCGCACGAUCCUCCAGGCAGACGACAAGAUGCGAGAUAAGUGCGCGGCUUUCGUGCAGGCGUUCUGGAGAGGAAAGAUGCAGCGAAGAGCGUUCGAGGAGGAGAGACGACAGCAGAAGCUGCAGGCCAAGCUAAGGAGGGAUCACUGCAUGGCCACUAACAUCGCCCGUACCUUCCGAGGUCACAUUGCCCGCCGCCUCUUCCGCUACUCCCUGCUGCACGCGCAGAGGAACGAGAGGAUCUCGCGGGUGCUGGAGAACGAGCGGCUGGUGCGCAAGGUCAUCCAGGAGAAGCUCGCGGCGCUUCGCCGUCAGCUCUCCAUCGCCGUCAAGCACGUGCAGCGAGUGUUCCGCGGGCACCUGGGGAGGAGGAGGAUGGUGGCGCAGCGGAGGUUCGCAUGGGAGCUGCUGCUUCACUCUGCCGCUCGGAGGAUCCAGCGGAUGUAUCGCGACUACGUGGACAGGCAGUGGGCCGCGUACGUGGGGAAGGGAAACCUGCAGGUGCUGGUGGGGAGCAGAGCAGCGGCGGUGAUGAGGAUCAGGAGGCAGAGGAGGGCGGGGGAGCAGGGAGGGUCAUACACGCUGAAGCCUCCUCUUGCAAGCUUCUACCACAAGGACGUGGUCAACAGCGCGAGUAACCUCGAGGACGGCGUGCCCGCGCGAGUCCUCCCUCAACAGGCUCCCCUCCUGCGAAUCCCGCCCUCCAUGCCGGCUAGCGAGAGACUGAGAAAGCGGUGGGGGAUGAAGGAGGAGGCGGUGCUGGACUCGACUGCUAGGGUUCUCAGCUUGGCUUCUGCGAAACUUGAGUCCCUGCGUGACUUCCAAGGGGGGGAUGAUGAUGAUGAUGAGGAGGAGGAGGAGCAGGAGGAGGAGGGUAAACCCUUGAGGAACACCAUGGGAGAGCACGCAAGUUUCAAUGUGCUGACCGGGACCGAAGCUUACACCGGGAGAGAGGACGUGGCGAAUGGUAGAGGAAGGAGGCCGGACGAGGGCAAGCAAGCGGAGGAAGGGGACAAGGUUGGGGCUGACGUUAUGGAGGAUCAUGGCAGGGAGGAGGAGGGGGCAGCAAGAGAAGGUCAGGAGGAGGUAGAGGACGGGAGGCUUCUUGAGGCGAGGAGGUACCGGGAGGAGAUGGCGAGGGGAGAGGCCUUGUUCGGCACUGAGCUGGAGCGAUUUCACGUGGCUCCGGGGCAGGCUCAGAUCAUGCCCAACUACCUGCGGCUGCAGUUCCGCGAGUCAGCAGAGCGGAGCAGGAGGAAGAAGCUCGCGGCGCUGGGAGACCUGGAGGGAGCGAGGCAGGUCAGGAAGUCGGAGCUAGCAAGGGGGUCGAUCCUCCACUUAGCGCGGGCUCGGGAUGAGGUGUACACGAGCCGGGGGAUGCGAAAGGUGGGGGGAGGAGGCUUGCCGAUGUGGGACCAGGUCAUGGAGGAUGAGGAGGAGGUGGAGGACCUGGAGGCAAUCAUGGGAAGGAGGGAGAAGGACCGGCAAAUGCGAUGGAGAAAGCUCAAGAUCGGUGCUCCCAGCAUGAGCCAGACGGUGAAGAGCAGGGAGCUGGAUGUGCUGAGGAAGGGGAGGGGAAGCGAGAGGAAGGAGGCGAGUAGGCUGAUCAGAACGAUUAGGUAG